CAGUUGACUGUCACAAAAACACACCUACUCCGUAUUCAUCCAAACCUCUGAAAAUGUACACCACUUUCUCUCUCUAUGUAGUACGCUGAUUUCUCUCUCUAUAAGUGCGUGUAUGUGUGUUGGGCUCAUACUCAUCGGCAAUUUGGCAUGCCGCUGUUAUUAUUAUAUUGAGAAAACCUUGGAAAUUUAACGGCAUAUUCCCCUCAUCUCUCUCUCUCUCUCUCUAUCUGCUUUUCCCUUUCUAUCUGUCGCUUUAUGGUUAUUUUGGGUUUUGAGAAAUCUUCAAAGCAAUUUCCUAUCUAGUUGCUCGAUUAAUCGAAUUUUCGACCUCUGAGACCACAAUUAUUUUUCCCUCAUCUGCAUUUGCUUGUUCUGUGAAAAACCCAUGUAGCUUUUUUCGUGGAUUGUUGUUUUUUAAUUUGAUUCUGGCCCUAAAUUCCAACCCUCCAUAGACAGUUUCUCGAAAUCCUCAGUGCCCGUCUGCUUUUUUCACCAUUCUUAUUUGAAACUUUCAUCUGGGUUCUUGAACGGCCGGCGGGAUGGUUGUGAAGAUAAUGAGAUGGAGGCCGUGGCCGCCUCUGAUUUCAAGGAAAUACGAGGUCAAGCUCGCCGUGAAGAGGGUCGAGUGUGGCGAUUGGGUGCCUGAGGGUGCGGAGAAGGAUGGCGGCGCCCUCGCGGUGGAGAUCAGGUGGAAGGGCCCUAAGAUUUCUCUUGGCUCGUUUAGGAGGACUGUGAAGAGGAACUGUACCAGAGAGGAGGCUGUGAAAAGCGUCGAGGACGGGCAAAACGGCAGCGUUUUGGCGGUGGAGUGGGAUGAGGAGUUUCUGAGCGUCUGCGGGCUCUCUGGCUACAAGGACAAUGUGUUGCAUCCAUGGGAGAUAAAUUUUACUGUUCUGCAUAAACCCGUCAAUAUGAAAGUUCAAGGCCAGAAUCAAGGUCUCAAGAACAAGAUCUCUGUUGUUGGUACCUUAAACCUUGCUGAAUAUGCUUCCAAGAGUGGAGAUCAAGUCACUGACGUUGAGAUUCCACUGACAGUUGCUAAUGCUGCAAUCGAGCGCCGUCCGAUGCUCUACAUAACCCUCAGCUUGCUUGAACUCAUACCCGCAACACAAGACCCAUCUGAAUCCGUUCAAACCUCAAUAGUGCCUCUCCAAUCCCCACCGCCACCUGGAGAAACCUGUAAUUCUCCCGAGAAGGAUGAAGUCUCGGCCCUCAAGGCCAGCCUGCGAAAAGUCAAAAUAUUCACCGAGUACGUCUCUGCCAGAAGAGCCAAAAAGGCCUGUCUCGACGAGUACACCAGUGAAGAAAGGCGCUUGUCCAAAAGCGACGAGGGCGAAUAUUCUUACCCAUUUGACUCGGACUCGCUCGACGAGUCAGAAGAAGGGGGAGGAGAAUCUGACGUGGCAAAGGAGGUCUCGGCCGUCAGGAAGUCGUUCAGUUACGGGACUUUGGCUUUCGCGAACUAUGCAGGCGUGUCGUAUUAUUCUAAUGCCAGAGUUACUAAUGAAGAUGAGGAUUGGGUUUAUUACAGCAACAGGCGGAGAUCAGAUGUUGGGAGUUCUCGCGAAGAGGAUCUUGUCCCGGUUGUUAACGAGCAGCCGCCACUUGUGCAGAGCUCGAGAAGGAGUUUGCUUCCUUGGAGAAAGAGGAAGCUGAGCUUUAGGUCGCCAAAGGCGAAAGGGGAGCCACUGCUGAAGAAGGCGUAUGGGGAGGAAGGUGGGGACGAUAUUGACUUUGACCGGAGGCAGCUGAGCUCGGAUGAGUCGGGCUCGUUUGGGUUGCAGAAAACAGACGAGGACCAAAGCACAAACUACCCAUCAGCCUCCGAAUUCGGGGAUGACUGUUUUGCCGUCGGUGCCUGGGAGCAGAAGGAAAUUAUUAGCCGCGAUGGGCUCAUGAAGAUCCAAACCGAGGUCUUUUUCGCCUCCAUUGACCAAAGAAGCGAACGAGCUGCCGGGGAAAGUGCUUGCACUGCCCUCGUGGCCGUUAUAGCCGACUGGCUUCAGAACAACCCGAACCUCAUGCCUAUAAAAUCCCAAUUCGACACCUUAAUCCGAGACGGCUCCUUAGAGUGGAGAAACCUUUGCGAAAACGAGACCUACCGCGCCCGUUUUCCUGACGGGCAUUUCGAUCUCGAAACUGUCCUCCAUGCCGAGAAAAUUCGCGAACUUUGUGUUGUCCCGGAAAAAUCAUUCGUUGGCUUUUUCCACCCUGAGGGGAUCGAGGAGGGCAGUUUCGACUUCUUGCAUGGGGCAAUGUCGUUUGACAACAUUUGGGACGAGAUAAUGUCUUUGGAAGGCGCGGAGUGUGGCCCGGUUUUUAUCGUGAGCUGGAACGAUCACUUUUUCGUGCUCAAAAUCGAGAGCGACGCUUGUUAUAUAAUCGACACUUUAGGCGAGAGGCUGCACGAGGGCUGCUAUCAGGCGUACAUACUGAAAUUCGAUAAAGAGACGAGUAUCCGCAGGCUGCCAGGUGGCGACCAGCCGUUGGAGGAGAAAAAGCCUGUUGUUCCAGAUCUGAACGAGCCGGCUUCGGUCAAAGAGGAGCCCGAGCCAUUGAAGGAUGAAAACGAAGAGCUCGUUUGCGGAGGUAAAGAGUGUUGCAAGGAGUACAUAAAGAGUUUCUUGGCAGCAAUCCCGAUUAGGGAGCUGCAGGCAGACAUCAAGAAAGGGCUAAAAACGUCAACUCCGCUUUAUCAGCGCCUGCAGAUCGAGUUUCACUUCACUAGGUUGAGGGAAAGGGAAUGCGUGUCCCCCGAGGUUGAGGAAUUGACGAAAAUGCCCCUGGCGGUUGAUGUUGCUGCCAUGGAAGCUGAAGUUUCCAUCGAAGGGAGUGCUGUGCUGUGCUGCUAACUGGUUUUUU